AUGGCCGUCCAGCACUCCCCCAAAGGAAAGAAUACCCCCGCCUACGCCAGCGGUAACGGUGUUGACGACCUUACAGGAGACUCCGGUCGAACAAACGGCAACGAGAUCACAGACGCCCCGUUUGUCCGACCUGCCCCUCCGGUGCGUGGGGACACGUACUCUCCAGAGGAGCUCGUCCUCAUGACGCCAGCGCAAUUGGCGUUCAUCCAAAAGCACCCAAACUUUUGGAAGACGAUGACGGACAACCCGAACGAGAUGCCAAGCAACCAAAGGCCUCUGGCUCCGGUGGAUGUUAGGAUGGAGCACACCGCACGGGGUGUUGGCGACAUCAAGCUCGACCCUGACGGCAUGGAUAUCGAUCAACAACAACGUCCCCCCCCGCCUCAGCCUUAUGAGCGCCUCCAUGACGCAACGGCUCUGGAAAAGCCUAUGCCGACUAUGAAGACUCGACGGUGUUGGACACCGCCCCCGACAACUGGGCACAGUUUCUGCAACUGGUUGAUCAGUUUGAAUCCCAUCUUGGUCUCCCAGAACGUGAUCGCGGAGGAAUACGACGCGCUGUCGCAGGGGCCCAACGAGUCCUGUCAAGCGUUCUACGACCGUUUCCGCGACUGGCAAUGUCGGGCCAAGAUCUACGACUUCCCCUACCAUGAAGAGACGGGGUUCGUGAGUCGGCUCAACAAAGCACUGAACCGCAAGCUCACCACCCUGAUGCACACGGAGGAGCGCCGAGGCACCCGGAUGACGUUCUCGCAAAUUGUGGUCGCAGCGCUCGAUGAGGAUCGCAUGUGGCGCAAGAACGCAGCCUUGGCGGCGACGGUCACCUCUGGCUCAAACAAACAAGCCUCCGACGGAGGCGACUCAAAGCCGAAGAAAAAGGCCAGUGGGGCCCUCACGUGUUACAAUUGUAACAAAGAGGGCCAUGUAAGUUCUAAGUGUCCUGAACCCAAGACUGAAAAGCAGAAGGCCUAUGAAGCCAAAGCUAAACCGGCUUUAAAAGCCUAG